AAAAAAAGUCAGAGACAUGAACAAGUCAAAUUAAAUUUGCUCUUUAGACAUACUCUAUAAAUUAAACCAAACAACACACUUCUACCUCACUACACUCUCAUAUCCAUCAUCCAUGGCUUCUCAACCACCAGUCCUCGUCCUCGUCCUCGUCCUUGUCCUCGUCCUCAUCUCCUCCGCCUCUGCAAUAACCUACCCUAAAGAAGCCCUCCCCACCAAAUCCGGCUACCUAACCGUUAACUCCACCACGGGCUCCGCCAUCUUCUACACAUACUAUGAAUCUCAAUCCCCUCCCAAAAACACACCAAUUUCUCAAACCCCGAUCUUGAUCUGGCUCCAAGGCGGGCCCGGGUGCUCCUCGAUGCUCGCAAACUACUUCGAAUUGGGCCCAUGGCUCGUAAACCAAGAAGUAAAGCUCGAGUCAAAUCCAAAUUCUUGGAACAAACAGUUUGGCCUACUUUUCCUCGAUAACCCCAUCGGCACGGGUUUCAGUAUCGCUGCUACACCCGGUGAAAUACCCCGCGACCAAAAUUCCGUCGUUAAUCACCUUUACGUCGCUCUCACAAAAUUCAUAUCCCUCGACGAGUCGUUCAAAACCCGGCCCAUCUACAUCACCGGCGAGAGCUACGCCGGCAAAUAUCUGCCGGCGCUGGGCUACUACAUCUUGAAAAAAAACGCAAUCUCGUCUUACGAAAAGAGGAUCAACCUAGCAGGUGUGGCCAUUGGAAACGGCCUAACCGACCCGGAAAUCCAAGUCCAGGACCACGCGAUCACAGCCUUCCAUUUGGGCCUGAUCAACGAAAAGCAAAAGGCCCAAUUGGAAAAGCUGCAACUAAAAACCGUCUCUUUCAUAAAGAGACGGAAAUGGAGCGACGCCUCUGACGCAAGAGCAGAAGUGCUGGCGAUGCUGACAAAUAUGUCUGGCCUCGCCACACUCUACGACGUCAGGAAACUGGCUCCCUAUCCAAAUAAUGUGAUAGUCAGUUUCCUGAACGACGCAGAGGUGAAGCGGGCCCUGCACGUUCGGGGCAACAUCACUUUCGCCAAAUGUAGCACCGCGGUGGCGGAGGCGAUGCACGAGGACAUAAUGAAGAGCGUGAGGCCGAUGGUGGAGUGGCUGGUGAAGAGGACGAGGGUGCUUCUGUAUCAGGGGCAGACGGAUUUGAGGGACGGGCCGACGUCGACGGCGGCGUGGGUGAGGGAGAUGAGGUGGGAGAGGUUUAGCAAUGUGGUGGUGUUGAAUGCUGGCCAUCUUGUGCCUACUGAUCAGCCUUUGAAUUCUCUAAUUAUGAUGGAGGAUUGGGUGUUGGAGAAGGGGUUGUUUGGUGGUGGUGGAAAGGAUUGAGAUGGGUGUGGUUGGGUUGAGUUGAGUGGAUGGUAUGGUUGGUGGAGUGACGAUCUCGUGACUGGAUGGUAUUGGAAAAUUAAUUAUAGGUGUUGGUAGCUUGAAUAAGAGAGAUUUUAUGGGAUUUUUGUGAUGUGAAAUGGUGUUUUACUAUCUUGAGAUGGAUUUGCAAUUGUUGAAUAGAUUUGUAACUUUUAGUAGUGGCUUAGUGAUUGUUAUGAUCAUGAUUCAUGAUUAAGCUUUGGAUGAAUGAAUAUUUUGGUUUGUGUACCA